ACUGUAGCUUCACCUGUAAAAAUUCAUUAACAAAAUCAAAACAAAUACAAAAUGAAAGACUGACAUCUGUGUUUGUAAAUCACAUAUUUAUAUACAAUUACUUUAUUUUUAUUUCAUGCAUCAAUACAAAUGUUUGAUGUUAGACAAAAAAUGAUCUCUUAUGUUAGUCAAAGCGAGUUGUAACUAUGCACAUAUUUUCUUGGCGAUUCUUUCGAUAUUUCACCUUUAGCAUUCUUGUAGCUUGUUUUUUUAUUAUUUCUUUCUUAUGGUACUUUUGUUCCAAUCAAUCAUGUUCACUAAACAGCUAUUUACUAUCGAACAAUAACAACCCUCAUUGGCGAAAAUUAAAAGCAAAUCGUGAAAUUUUAUCGAACUGGUCUAUAGCUAAUAAACCUAAACCAGUUAAAUAUGAUAAUCAGGGUGGUAAAAUAACCACCUCUAAAAUAACUGUUGCUAAAUCGGACUUUAAUAUAAAAGGAUCUGAUGUCAUUGUGUUUCUGCAUAUUCAAAACACUGGAGGUAGUGUUUUCGCUCGACACAUGGUAGAGGAUUUGCAACUAGAGAGACCUUGCCAAUGUAGAAGAAAUCGUCGAAUCUGCCGUUGCUAUAGGCCUGAUAAAUAUGGCAGUACAUGGUUUUUUAGUCGGUACACUACAGGAUGGAAGUGUGGAGUUCAUCCAGAUUGGUCUGAACUAUCGAACUGUGUUGAUCAUAUUAUGGAUGAAGAUGAAGGAAAGCCUGUAAAGCGUCGGUAUUUCUUUAUAACUGUUUUGCGAGACCCAGUGAAACGCUUUUUAAGCGAGUUUUGGCAUGCCAGGCAAGGACAAAGCUGGUCUUCGUCAAGGCAUUGGUGCAGUGGGGUAGAAGCUACUGAAAAUGAAUUGCCAGUUUGCUUUGAUGAUAAAGAUCUUAGCCAGCUUACACUUGAAGAAUUCAUGAAUUGCAGUUAUAAUCUGGCCAUAAAUAGACAGGCUCGAAUGCUCUCUGACCUUGCGUUGGUUGGCUGUUACAAUUCAUCAUCUUUAUCUAAAGAAGAUAAGGAUCUCAUUAUUUUGACUAGUGCCAAAAACAAUUUGCAUAAAAUGUCGUUUUUUGGCCUAUCAGAAUUUCCUAAAGUUUCACAGUACAUGUUUGAAACAACAUUUGGAUUGAAUUUUAGAGGCAAGAAAUCUUCAGCUCGCGAUGGUUCCAGCAAAUCAGCUAGGAAAGAAUUAUUCAAAGAGAUCAGUGCCAAAGAUAUUGAAACUAUAAAACGUCUCAACUACCUCGACAUUGAAAUAUAUCACUAUGCUAAGGAUCUCCUAUUUUUCAGAUUUGAAAAACUUAAAGAAAUUGAUCCAUCCUUUGAAAACAAUUUUGAAAUUUUAGAUGAAGAUAAUCUUUCUUCUGAAAACUGGGCUGAUAAGGAAGAUUUUAUCGACAAUUUGUUGGAUUAAAGCAUUAGCAUAUCAGUAACAUUUAGUGCCAAUAAUCAUAUCAUAUGUUUGCAUGUUAUAUGUGUUUAGUUUUGUUUAUUUUUCCAAAAAUGGAAAGCUAUGUUAUUGUGUGUUGUUUUUAAGCUAUUAUUGAUAUACUUCAUAUGGCAUACUACUUUAUUCUUUAAAUAGUAUUUUUGCUUUCUUUUUACUCUUGCUUUUUUGGCAGCUAUUCUAUAUCUACGCAGACUGUUUAAAGUCAAAUAAAUUAAAAUAUUUACUGCAGGUUAGUUAAUAAAAUCUAAAAACAACAUUAAAUAUAUUUGGUUCUUUCAAUAAUUCUUUAAUUAAUCAAAAA